AUGGCUUCUGGCGAACGAUAUGUUCCCCGGGCAGUUCUCAUGGAUCUUGAACCCAGGACAAUGGACUCCAUCAGAUGCGGCCCAUUUAAGGUAUGCUACUCGUUUGGAGGACGCACGACAUCUGGAAUGGGUACCCUCUUGAUUUCGAAGAUAAGAGAGGAAUUAUCUGGACAGAAUGAUGCUCACUUUUUUUCUGCUUUUCCUUCACCAAAGGUCUCCAAUACCGUUGUAGAACCUUAUAACGCUACACUCUCUAUACACCAAUUGGUGGAGAAUGCAAAUGAAUGCAUGGUCCUUGACAAUGAAGCACUCUAUGACACAUGUUUCCGAACUUUGAAGUUCACCACUCCAAGCUAUGAGUACCCCACAUGUUCACUUGUAGAAUGA